CCCUGUUCAAAAUCAUAACAAAACAAAAACAACACGCGAAAUUUCACGACCAAGCACGUGCGUUCGUGACUCCUUUCCUCUGUCGGCUGCCGGUUGGUUGUCCGUAACGGUUCUUCCCCCCCUUGGUACCCCCUGCGGAACAGAACCUGUAGUUUGUGCAGUUGUCGUUAAUUGUGGAACUAACCGGCGACAGAAUGUUCUACGUAAUCGGGCUCGGGUUGGGCGACCCGAAGGACAUCACGGUCAAGGGCCUGGAGAUCGUGAAACGGUGCGAGCGGGUUUACCUGGAGUCGUACACGUCGAUUCUGACCUGCGGCCAGGAGAAGUUGGAAGAGUUUUACGGACGGCCGUUGAUCAUCGCGGACCGGGAGUUGGUUGAGCAAGGUGCGGACGCGAUUCUGGCCGGCGCCAACCAGUCCGAGAUUGCGUUUUUGGUGGUGGGCGAUCCGUUCGGGGCCACGACCCACACGGAUCUGCUGUUGCGUGCCAAAGAGAAGGGCAUUCCGUCCCGGGUGAUCCACAAUGCGUCCAUCAUGAACGCCGUCGGAUGUUGCGGCCUGCAGCUGUACAGCUUCGGCGAAACGGUCUCCAUUCCGUACUGGACCGACUCGUGGCAGCCGGAUAGCUUUUUCGACAAGGUUCUGGCGAACGCGGACCGCGGCUCGCACACGCUCUGCUUGCUGGACAUUCGCGUCAAGGAACCGACCCUGGAAUCGCUCACGAAGAAGAUCCGCCAGUAUCAACCGCCGCGCUUCAUGAGCUGUUCCGAGGCCGCCGAUCAGCUGCUGAAGAUCGUUCAUCGUCGCCGGGAAAGUGGCGAGUCUUCCUGUCGGCUCAGCGAUCGGAGCAUCGUCGUUGGGCUGGCCCGAGUUGGCCACGAAACGCAGGUCAUCAAGGCGUGCACGCUGCGCGAGAUGCACCAGUUAGAUCUGGGUCCUCCGCUGCACUCGCUGAUCAUUCCCGCGCCGGAAAUGCACCCGCUGGAGGUCGAGUAUCUUCAGCAGUUCUGCGACGACGACCUGCAAGCGCUGGUGAAGCGCGCCCUGGCGCCGCCCUCGACCAUCUUCAAACUGGACGCCACGCUGUCCAGCAACUCCUGAAAGGGGUGAGUCGUCCCACGUUUUCCCAUGAUUCUUUAUAAAUAACAAGCGUACUAAAAGGAA